AUGCCACACGCUCACGCUUCUGGCCAGCAGAUUGGCGUGCCGACAGCCGUCCGUCUGCCACGGGUGAUGCGAGAAAACAUCCCCAACCUAAAAAUUUACCCCCGAUCUUCCAAAGUUCCGAAUGAUUUGGUUUUCCAGGGUGCUGCUCCAAAGGACGCCAUCGCCGGGGGCCUGCACAAGAUCAUCGCUGUCCGGCCCUCUGGACCACCUGUAAUUUACAGGUCGCAGCGUUUCACUUUGAGCGGCGCCAACUGCAGAUCGCAAAGCCCGCCGAGGGUCCAGCCCGAGCGCAACUUGAUUUGCACAGCCGAGCCCGACCCCGAUGUCGCGGCCGGAGCCGCAACUGGAGCCAUCGGACCGGAAUCCUCUGCAAGGCCAGGGUGCGGCGCACCACCGACCAGAGAGACCGGCGAUACCUCGGAUGUCUCGGUUGCACUGGUCGAGUCGAUCGUUCUUUCGCCUGCAAUGCCACUGAUCCACACUGUAGCCUCGCCGUUCCUUUGA